GGGUCUCCUCCUGGAGGGCCGUUUCUUGCCCCGCGGGUCCCAGACGGGGAUUCUGGGAGGUGGGAGACAGUUGUAGCCGAGUGGCCCUUGUUCUGUGCGAACGCGGGCGCGCCUCGAACUCCCGGGCCUGGCCAGGCUGGGCGCCGGGCUCCGCUCCUCCCGCGUCCCUGGACCGUGGAGGUUCGCCGGCACUGGCGGCGGGAGAAACUUAACCCGGCCGGGAAGUCAUUCCUGCGUCCGACAGGGUCUCUCGAUGCGGAGCCGAAUAACUUUGUGUUUUUGCGUUCAGCCUGUCUCUUGCGGCUCGUGGCGCGCGGGGAGGUUUCGGUGUACCUGCGGAGGGCGUACCUGUGCGUGAGGAGGAGAAAGGGCAAGAUCCAGCCUGAGUGACCCGCGUGCCAGCCUCUCCGUGUAAGGAGAGACCAGACAAGAUUAACACCUGUGAAAAGAUAACUGAUGAUACGGGUAGUCUUGGGCUGACCGCCAGUGAGAGGCAGAGCCAGCUUGAUCUCCGAGUGGUCUGUGGACUGUCUCCCUGACUUCAGGCGCAAAGAGACAAACCAGGCGGCCCCUGGGUGGGGUGAAGCUCCGCCGUCUCUCCUCUGGCCCCUGCCGUCAGCGUGGGCCACCGACUGCAAGAUGAACUGCCGAUCGGAGGUGCUGGAGGUGUCGGUCGAGGGGCGGCAGGUGGAGGAGGCUGUGCUGGCCGUGCUGCACACGGUGCUCCUGCACCGCAGCACCGGCAAGUUCCACUACAAGAAGGAGGGCACCUACUCCAUCGGCACCGUGGGCACCCAGGAUGUGGACUGCGACUUCAUCGACUUCACCUACGUGCGUGUCUCCUCAGAGGAGCUGGACCGCGCUCUGCGCAAGGUCGUCGGGGAAUUCAGGGAUGCUCUGCGCAACUCCGGGGGCGACGGGCUGGGGCAGAUGUCCCUGGAGUUCUACCAGAAGAAGAAGUCUCGCUGGCCGUUCUCCGACGAGUGCAUCCCCUGGGAAGUGUGGACGGUCAAGGUGCACGUGGUGGCCCUGGCCACGGAGCAGGAGCGGCAGAUCUGCCGAGAGAAGGUGGGGGAGAAGCUCUGCGAGAAGGUCAUCAACAUCGUGGAGGUGAUGAACCGGCACGAGUACCUGCCCAAGAUGCCCACGCAGUCAGAGGUGGACAACGUGUUUGACACGGGCUUGCGGGACGUGCAGCCCUACCUCUAUAAGAUUUCCUUCCAGAUCACUGAUGCCCUGGGCUCCUCCGUCACCACCACCAUGCGCAGGCUCAUCAAAGACACCCUGGCCCUCUAGGUCUCUCCAGGGCCUCGGUGCUCCUUGAUGGCUUAUGGACCUUGGCUUCUGGAGAUCAUACUGUUAGGCCCUUGGGGCUCUGGAACCCGCUCCGGGUCCUCGAUGAGACUUGGAGGGGCCUCCCUGGCUUCCUCAUAGUGUGGUUGCCAGUCCUUGGUCGUCCUUGUCACCUUCACUGACGGUCAAGUCUGGCCUGCACUGUCUCUCCAUACUCCUGGUUUCGGGGGGCGGGGUUCCCCUUUCCUGCACUGUACAGAGCAGCCAUCACUAGGAUGGUGAAUAAAGCUGAGAAUGUGAGU